UCAGGCUGCUGAUGUGUACGAGCUCUGCCAGUGUUAUCAGAGUCUAUCACCUAAGCUGCGGCGUCAUUUUCCAUUUAUUUUUCUCUUCUGUGUGUGUGAAAUUUUCGCUUUGUCAGCGUCAUUUUCGCUGGAAAUAAAGCAGAAAAAUGAAACUUGUACUGCUGGUGGCCAUGGUCAUGGCGGUAACCGCCGUCUCCGCCACGGAGGAGCUGUCCAUGCUAUCCAAUGAAUUCAUCGAACUGGUGCGCAGCAAGGCAACAACCUGGAAGGUUGGCCGAAAUUUUAGAGCAUCGGUGUCGGAGGAGUAUAUACGAGGCCUGAUGGGCGUUCAUCCCGAUGCCCACAAGUUUGCACUGCCCGAGAAGAGCAUUGUUUUGGGCGAACUAUAUGGGGACGAUGGCGCUGACAUUCCCGACGAGUUUGAUGCCCGAAAGGCUUGGCCAUAUUGCCCCACCAUUGGGGAGAUUCGUGACCAGGGCUCGUGUGGCUCCUGUUGGGCCUUUGGUGCCGUUGAAGCCAUGUCGGAUCGCGUGUGCAUUCACUCCAAAGGCAAAGUGAACUUUCACCUCUCGGCCGAUGAUUUGGUGUCCUGCUGCCACACCUGCGGCUUUGGCUGCAAUGGUGGCUUCCCUGGCGCCGCCUGGAGCUACUGGGCGCGCAAGGGUAUUGUCAGUGGCGGACCCUACGGCUCUACUCAGGGCUGCCGUCCUUAUGAGAUAGCACCAUGCGAGCAUCAUGUGAAUGGCACUCGUCCGCCCUGCUCUCAUGGCAGUACGCCGCGCUGUCAGCAUCAGUGUCAGACCAGCUACAACGUGGAGUAUGCCAAGGAUAAGAACUUUGGCUCCAAAUCGUAUUCGGUGCGACGCAAUGUGCGCGACAUUCAGCUGGAGAUCAUGACCAAUGGCCCUGUCGAGGGGGCGUUCACCGUCUACGAAGAUCUGAUUUUAUACAAGAGCGGGGUCUAUCAGCAUGAGCAUGGCAAGGAGCUUGGCGGUCACGCCAUACGCAUUCUCGGCUGGGGCGUUUGGGGUGACUCCAAGGUGCCCUACUGGCUGAUCGGCAACUCUUGGAACACUGACUGGGGCGACAACGGUUUCUUCCGCAUUCUCCGCGGCGAGGAUCAUUGUGGCAUCGAGAGCUCCAUAUCGGCUGGUCUGCCCAAGAUAUAAA